CGCUAGUCCACUAUCAUAUUAAUAGUAUUAGUAUAAUAAUAUAAUGAUGACAAAUUACAUAAAUUGUAAUCGUUUCUCUUUAAUUUUUAAAAGGUCUUCGCAUCCCAUGUCUUGGACCUUGGGUAUCGCCGCAACCAUCCAUCCUCUUAACCCUAGCCGCCUAAGCUUCUUCCUCCCUCUCCUGUUUUCUCUCAAAGACAUGAGAACAACUCUUUUCUUAUUCUGAAAAUGGCGACCAAAAGAGCAAUGGAAGAUCACAUCCCAUCUUUCUUUCCCUCAACAUUCUCUUAUUUUAUUUUUCAUGAUCUGGUUCUCUCCUUUCCGAUUUGGCUCCCGUGAAUCUCUUCUCCGUGGGAAUGAAACCAAUCUUUCUUUCCCUCUCAAUUCUCUCGGCCGACAAAUUAAAACCCGGAAUGAGGGCGGCGGCGACGAUGGAAUCGUGGGUUCGCGGUAUGAUUACGGAGGAAAGGACAGAAGAAGUCGACAGUGACGACGGAAAAAGGGGAAGAACAAUGAAAUAUGACGAUGUCGCGGGCAACCGACGAAACCCUUCUGGUGAGAAGAGAAAGAAAAUGAAAAGAAUGAACUGCCACCGGCAGUCCUAGGUACGCCGCCGACGAUGACGACGUGGACAAUGAGAUUUUUUGGUAAGAUGUGGUAGUUAGUUCUAAUUCUGAAAAUGGGCAGUGUGUGAUUUAUGAUGGAUUUGAAUCAAGGAACCGGUGAGUGUUUAUGAUGGUGAAUUAGUGGUCUUUGGUUAUGGAAAAUUUCAUGGAAAUUAACUUGUAGUAAUGGUG